CCUGCGCGGCCGGCGGCGGCGGGAGCCGCCAUUGGCCGGGCGGGUCACGUGGGGCGGGGGCUGCGGCCGCUACAGUAAACAUGGAGUCGAUCUUCCACGAGCGGCAAGAAGGCUCAUUGUGUGCUCAACAUUGUCUGAAUAAUUUGCUGCAAGGGGAAUACUUUAGUCCUGUUGAGCUAUCCUCUAUUGCACAGCAAUUGGAUGAGGAAGAAAGGAUGAGAAUGGCAGAGGGAGGAGUAUCUAGUGAAGAAUACAGAACAUUUUUACAGCAGCCUUCCGUAAAUAUGGAUGACAGUGGAUUCUUCUCAAUUCAAGUUAUAAGCAAUGCCUUGAAAGUUUGGGGUUUAGAACUAAUCCUCUUCAACAGCCCAGAGUACCAGAGACUUGGGAUCGAUCCUAUAAAUGAAAAAUCAUUUAUUUGUAAUUAUAAGGAACACUGGUUUACAGUUCGAAAGUUAGGAAAACAGUGGUUUAACUUGAACUCUCUCUUGAUGGGUCCAGAACUAAUAUCAGAUACAUAUCUUGCACUUUUCUUGGCUCAAUUACAACAGGAAGGUUAUUCCAUCUUUGUAGUAAAAGGUGACCUCCCAGACUGUGAGGCCGAUCAGCUGCUGCAGAUGAUUCGGGUACAGCAGAUGCAGCGACCAAAACUGAUAGGAGAAGAGGCAGCACAGUCAAGAGAUCAGAGGCUACCCAGAGGUGAUGUGGACCAAGCAAUAGAAGUUAACCAUCCUUUUGAUGGAACGGGCAUGUUAGAUGAAGAUGAAGAGAAUUUUCAGAGAGCCCUGGCUCUAAGUAGGCAGGAAAUUGAUAUGGAGGAUGAAGAAGCUGAUCUUCGCAGAGCCAUUCAGCUCAGCAUGCAAGGCAGCCGUCGAAGUGAGCUCUCAGGCUCAUUACCACAAAACGUUCCUCAGUCAUCUCCCAGCAGUCAGACAGACUCCCUUUCUUCAGAAGAGCUGCGAAGGAGAAGACAAGCAUACUUUGAAAAACAACAACAACAGCUACAGCUACAGCAGCAAGAUCAGACCCCAAACCUACAGGAGAAAGCAACUCUUAGCUCAAGCACUCCAGAAUCUGGUGAAGGAGGUGAUAUGAGUGAAGAAGACAUGCUUCAAGCAGCCAUGAAUAUGUCUCUGGAGUCUGUCAGAAACCACUUGAAUUCAGAAGAUGAGAAAUAACAUCUUUUUUUUCCCUCUUAUUGUCAAAAAGCUAAGUCUCCAUUAAAAUUCAACUGUGUGAAUGUUGCACAAGCAGGGUUCACUUCAGACUUCUGGAAGCAGGAAUGAAAGGGGGGCUGCUGGAGGUCAGUUUAGAGAGGAUCUGCAAAUACAAAAAAGAUUGCACUAAUUUAAAGAACUGUAGCACUCCUACUACAAAACAUCUGCUCACAAGAGUAGUGGUGUUAAAAUUACUGGAACUAUUCAUGCCAAGUUAGACAAGGGUAGCAGCUGUAACUUAAAAAAGUAAAGCUUUUAAAGCUUGCAUUAAAAAAUCAAGUUUAAAUUGUUUUGAAGAAUUCUGUAGAAGAUACAAAGGGUGCUGAAAACAGCAUCAAAUUAUUUUCUUCAGUACUAAUGGAAAAACAGAUAAAAGUACUAAGUUGUGCUCCUAAAUUCUUUUUAAUAGAUCACUCUAAAAUGCGGAGAGUAAUUAAAUUCCAUUCAUUUUAAAUAAUUUAUUUUAUGAUUGUUUAUUAUGAAUGACUUAACUGCUGUCCACUUUUGAAAUGAUCCAUUCUGCAGGAAACAAGAAUCCAUAAAUUUCAUACUUUUCGAUUCAAGACAAAAUUUUCAGUGUAUUGUUGACCAUAAUGGUACUCCUAAGUCUUUCAGUAAUUUCUGACUUCGUAACAAUUUUUGGUUUUACCUUCAAUACUAAUUGUAAAAUUUUAGAUCUCUGUUUAACAUACUGUCUUUUAGUAGAUAACUUACCUUACUUGGCUUGGGAUUUUGUUCUUGUUUGGUUUUAAUUACUGUUUUCUUAUGUUCUUUCUUGUUAAAGCCACUGUCUUUUUAAUUCAAAAGCAGCAUAUACUCAAUUGGGUUGAACGGGUUUCAUUUUCUAAGACUCUUGCAGAGUCUUUUCCUCUUGAAGCUCAACCCUUCGUUCUGGCUUUUCAGUAUGAAAGAGCUGUAACUGAGACCAGGAGAAAGUAGGAGGGGAUUUAGGUGCCAUAAAGUCAGUGCCACACACAUAAGGUGCAUUCCUGCAAUCUGAAAUGACCCCUGUGCAAGUAGCUCUUUUAAGAAUGAAUAUUUAUGCCUGUGUGGAUGUUUUUUCUGAAAUGCUUUCUAUGAGUGUUUGUCAGAAUGUUGCAGUUUUUUCAGGAAUGGCCUUUAUUCAUGCACCUUACAAUUUUUUAUCAUGUUUCUGAUCCUGAGAAAAAUUGGGAAGCAAAGUAUGUGAGACAGCUUAUGCUAUUGGUUGUAAGACAUUUGCAUUGAUAUCCAGGGUGGAUGUGUAAGAGGGUGACCAAACCUGACUUUGAACUUCAGUACAGCAAAAGAGAGAUGUUUCAUUUUCCUAAAUGGUGCUUGAAAUACAAAUUCUGUUUACAUAUAAAUUAUAUGGAACUAUGUUGUAGAUAGAGUAUAGAAGCUGUAGUCCAGUUAAAGCAUUAACAGUUAGCACAAGCAUCCUAAGAAUCUUUCAUCAAUAACCCAAAUUUUCUUUAUCAAAAUAUUCUGAAGUUACAUCUUUGCACAAUAGUAACAUUUAAUUAAAAUUAGUAGGAAAUGAACGGUAGCUAGAUGGAAAUACACAUUCAGUAUCAAGUAGUACUGUACAUGAAAGGGCUCUUACCUCUCAGUAAAGAUUUGUUUAUAGCAAUGGUUUCCUGAUAGCUUAGGAUAUUAUUAUAUUAUAAUGAUUGGGGUAAAUUCUGUUUUUCUUACCAAUGUGCUGGAUUUUCACCAAUGUCACCAGAACCACUGGUUUGUGUUACACAAUGUGGAUUUUGACAUAAGAAAGCACUACUUUUUAAAAACUGAUUUUUGUCAUUUUUAAAUAGUCCUGUCAUGAACAUUAUAAUUAUUUGUUAUGUCUCAAAUUAAUAUAGCUGAACAAUGACUUUAAAAGUCCAUGUGUGCGUAUGCCAUUUUGAAAUGCUGUAUUUUUCAGGGUGUGGUUUUCUGCUUUCAGUUUGAAAUUCCUAUGAAACUGAAAGCAAGAAAGGAGUCUAAAGCACUGAUUUUUUUUUUCUCAUCAAUUAACCACAGCUUAAUUUUUCUUUUUAUGGUUGUGCCAUAAACUAAUUCUGAAAUAAGACUCAUUUUUAUAAAUAGGUGUAGACUGGCAAUCUAAUGCUAGUAUUUGGAACUCAGACCUUUUAUCCUCUAUUAUAAAAACAUAAUAAAAAUAUUAUUUCUAUAGAUCUAGCAGCCCUAUAUUAAAAAAAAACAAAAAACAAAACAACUCAGCCCCUUAAAAUCUCACUGACAUAACCCAGGCUCACUACAUGAUUUUAUAAUCAGUAAAACAUGGAGAUUUGCCUUUGAACUUUCAUGUCACAUCAUAAGUGAUUUCAUCAUCAAAGUAUUUUAAUAUGGAAGAAUAUAAAAUGUCAGUGCCUGAAAGAUGCAGCUGAGUCAGUGAUCACAGGGCCAACCAUUUCCCUUUAUGUGGAGAAAUGCUGUCACUCAACAUAUACCAGUUCGAUUUUUUUAGAGAAAUGUCAAGUUGAAUGAUGUAGGCAUAUCUAUCUAGAAAAGUAGCUAGGAGAGAGCAAUUUAAGCUACAUCUGUUAAUUCAUGUAAUUCUGUCACUGGAAAAGACCUGCAAGAAACCAACCAUUAAUCCAGCCUAGUCCACCACUAAAUGUAAUGUUCCUGAACACCACAGCUGUACCUCUUUUGAAUAGCUCCGGGGAGGGGACUCAACCACUUGCCUGGGCAGCCUGUUCCAAUGGUGGGCAACCCUUUAAGGGCAGGAAUACUUCCUGAUCCCCAACCUGAACCCCUCCUUGUACAAACUGAGGCCAUUUCCUCUCCUCUUGUCACUUGUGACCUGGGAGAUGAGGCUGACACUCACCACACCACAGCCUCCUUUCAGGACUGGUAGAGAGUGACAGGGUCUCUAUCUGAACUGUCCCCAAGGAAAAGACUCAUACUAAUUGCUGACAGUUCAUAUUUUAUAACCCAGGUCUCAAGUUCAAAAUAUCUGGACCUGCCAAGAAGCCGUCAGUAAAACACUGCUGUCAUUUUUUGGUGUGCAUUCUUUCGAUGAUACACAGUUCUCAGUGUGGCAUAAUUAUGCUUCCAAUUUAGUAAUUUAGAGCGUGCUUCCAGUGUUAUCUACCCUGUCAAGCUGAAGAGUUGGAUUUUAUCCAUGUUACAGCUUUAGGCCAAAGUUCAUUGUAAGGAAGCAGACUUUUUUUGUUUUGGUGGGGAUGUUUGUUUGUUUGUUUGUUUUAAUUACAGAAUUCUAUUUGAGGGAAUUUCGGACUUAAUUCAAAAGGUUUUUACUAUUUUCCAGUUAAUGGUCCAUGUGAAAUAAAUCAUGGUUUUCUGCCAGUAGAAAUCAAAGGGGCUGGGGGAGUGAGUGAUAUAAUAAAUAUCUUUCAAAAUUACUUCUCUAAGUAUAAUUUGGCAAAGAGCUUUAAUGGUCUUACAGUGAGGGCAGGAGGAACAAAAGUUGUAAUGCAAUCAUGCUUGCAUGCAAUUCUUGUUAGGCACAGUAAGUACAAAUAUGAGCUUUGUUUAAAUGUUUAAAUGCUUAUAUUUUUCUAGACCUGAAACUAAUAUGAUACGAUACUGGCUUACUUUAACAUUUGGGCUUCCUGUGCCCUUCACAGAACUGCAGCAAAUUUAACUGUAAUUCUCAGCUAAGGUUCUCUUCUUACUUGUCAUACUUUAUUACUUUGCAGACUAUUUGAAAAUAACCAAUACAAAUUUAAAUCUAUGAUGUGUUUUAAUGUUGGACUAUUGUUUCUUUUACAAACUUACAGAAUGAUAGGGGGGUUAAAAUGGCUUCUCCAGGUGUCUAGUAGACCAACACUAUUAUUUGCAAGCUGCUUUGUCUUAUUGCAAAAUUAACAGGCUUAAAAAUGAACAUGUUACAGUUCUAAAAUGGGAAGGUUUCUAGUAUUAAUUAUUGGUUUAAAUAAUGGUGAAAACAUAAAAAUAGUGGCCUUUGUACUGAAAAAUGCAGUAUAGGGGAACAGGAUCAGAGAAAUAGAAGUUAGCCUUACAAAGAAGUAUUAUUUUGCAAUUCGCCUUAGCAGCACAUCACUUUUAAAGGAAUUGAAAUAAGAAUCCAAGGAAUACGAAAACUGAUGUGGAAACUUUUUUUUAAGAGCUUAGAUAGAAAAUUAUGUUGUUCAAUUUGUAAGCCAUCACUGUCUUGCAUAGAACAAACUUAAGUCCUGGAAAAAUCUUGAUAAUUAUUCACAAAUUCAUUCACAAAUUAUUCACAAAGAAAAAAAAAGAGAAAACAAGACCAACAUCUAAUAAAUGCAUACCUAUUCCAUACACACUAUCACUUGUUCAAGUGAGGAUAAUACUUAAUACAUUCAAAUUGGCUGGGUCCAAAUAUUUAGUUCUUCAGUUUAGAAGUGGUAGCUUUGUCUUGUAUCCAGGUUUUCAUCUUAAAAGCAUGAGCUUUUCUGCAAUAAUUUUUUUAAUCUUCAUGCACACAUUUUGCCUUAUUUGUAUUUUAGAGAUGGAGGGAAUGCUGGAGUUAUUUAACCUGCCAUAGUCACCUCCUUCCCCAGUUACAGUUCUUCAAACAGUUAGUACAUGUGACUUCUCAACUGCUUUCACGAAAUCAAAACACUUAUACAUUAUUUUCUUUGUUAAGAAAAAUAAUUGUAACUACACUUUUCUUUUAAUCUGCCACCAUCCUCAGUACAGCCACUGGGUGAAUUCAGGAGGGAACUUGUAAGAGUUUGAAAAAAGGGAAGUAAUAUUUAUAUGCCACUGUGCAAAACCAAAAUUAAAAAAAAAGAUAAAACCCUUGAUCUUGUCUUUAAAGCGUGUAAGCUUUGAUAAAGUUUUAUUUUCUGCUACAUGAAACCUCCUGUGUACAAAUCAGUGUAGAGUUAGGAUUUUGUAAGGGAAUAAUUUUUCAUCUCUUGCCUAAUAGUUGUGUAUUCUAGAAAUCAUUUUCAGUAAGAUUUUUUUUGUCAAGACUGUUUCCAUAUCACAUCUUUGGGUCUGCAUUCCUGUAUAUUUUUUGCCUAUUUUGUGUAUAUAAAGCAUAGAAUACUGAAAAGAUCUAAUAAGGGAAGGCUGAAAUGCUUUGUCAUUGUUUUGACUGGAAAAUGGCAGCACUGUUCAAUAUUUUGAAAAUGCUCUCCAAAUAGGCAUGAAUAUAUAUGGUUGUAUUUGAUAUCACUUUUCUAAAUAAAUAUGAUUAUAGCUUCUAA